AAGCAAGAUGGCGACCCUUCACAGGCAGAACGCUGCAGGACGAAGGAAAGUACAGGUUUCGUAUGUGAUCAGAGAUGAAGUGGAGAAAUUCAAUCGUAAUGGUGUCAAUGCUCUUCAGUUGGAUCCUGCUCUUAACAGACUCUUCACAGCGGGCAGAGACUCCAUCAUCAGAAUAUGGACUGUCAAUCAACACAAACAGGACUCAUACAUCGCUUCAAUGGAGCAUCACACAGACUGGGUGAAUGACAUCAUCCUCUGCUGUAACGGAAAAACAUUGGUAUCCGCCUCUUCAGAUACCACAGUCAAAGUCUGGAACGCACACAAAGGAUUCUGCAUGUCUACAUUACGGACACAUAAGGAUUACGUCAAAGCUUUAGCAUACGCUAAAGACAAAGAGCUGGUGGCUUCGGCCGGGCUGGACAGACAGAUCUUUCUGUGGGAUGUGAACACACUAACAGCUCUGACCGCCUCUAAUAACACUGUCACGACUUCUUCAUUGAGCGGAAAUAAGGACUCCAUCUACAGUCUUGCAAUGAACCAGUCGGGAACGGCUAUCGUCUCAGGAUCCACAGAGAAGGUCUUGAGGGUCUGGGAUCCACGCACGUGUGCCAAAUUAAUGAAGCUGAAAGGUCACACAGACAAUGUCAGAUCUUUAUUACUAAACAGAGACGGAACUCAGUGUCUCUCCGGUAGCUCGGAUGGCACGAUACGAUUGUGGUCUCUCGGCCAGCAGCGGUGUAUCGCCACAUACCGGGUCCACGACGAAGGCGUGUGGGUGCUGCAGGUGAACGAGGCCUUCACACACGUCUACUCCGGUGGACGGGACAAAAAGAUCUACUGCACAGAUCUGCGUAACCCCGACACACGUGUGCUGGUGUGCGAAGAGACUGCUCCGGUUCUAAAGAUGGAGUUGGACAGAUCAGCAGAUCCUCCUCAAGCCAUUUGGGUGGCCACGACCAAAUCAUUUGUAAACAAAUGGUCUCUGAAGGGAAUGCUUAACUUCAGGACAUCUGGGGAUUAUGACAAUGACUGCAGCGCCCCUUUAACUCCACUGUGCACACAACCCGAGCAAGUCAUCAAAGGUGGCACCAGCAUCGUUCAGUGUCAUAUUCUCAAUGACAAACGGCACAUCCUCACCAAAGACACAGAUAACAAUGUGGCAUUCUGGGACAUCCUCAAAGCGUGUAAAGGGGAAGAUCUGGGGAAAGUAGACUUUGAUGAAGAAGUCAAAAAGAGGUUCAAGAUGGUCUACGUGCCAAACUGGUUUUCCGUAGAUCUUAAAACAGGGAUGUUGACAAUCACACUGGAGGAAAGCGACUGUUUCGCAGCGUGGGUGGCUGCUAAAGAUGCUGGUUUUACAAGUCAAGAUGGUUCUGACCCUAAAUUAAAUCUGGGUGGGCUUCUUCUACAGGCCCUGCUGGAGUUCUGGCCCAGAACCCAUAGUAACCCGAUGGAUGAGGAGGAGAGCGAGCACAACCACGAAAAUGGUGAACAGGAAUCAGAGAGCCGACUUCAAAAGGGCAACGGGUAUUUUCAGGUUCCUCCUCACACACCUGUCAUCUUUGGUGAAGCAGGUGGAAGAACGUUGUUUAGAUUAUUGUGUCGUGAUUCUGGAGGAGAGACGGAGUCCGUGUUACUGAAUGAGACUGUACCUCAGUGGGUUAUUGACAUCACUGUAGAUAAAAACAUGCCAAAAUUCAACAAGAUUCCUUUCUACCUCCAACCUCAUUCAUCGUCUGGGGCCAAAACACUAAAGAAGGAUCGUCUGUCCGCCAGCGACAUGCUGCAGGUGCGGAAAGUGAUGGAACAUGUUUACGAGAAGAUCAUCAACCUGGACUCCGAGUCACAAACCACCAACUCGUCAGGCAAUGAGAAGCCGGGAGAGCAGGAGAAAGAGGAAGAUGUUGCAGUGGUGGCCGAGGAGAAGAUUGAGCUCGUGUGUCAGGAUCAGGUUUUGGAUCCAAACAUGGACCUUAGGUCUGUGAAGCAUUUUAUCUGGAAGACUGGUGGAGAUCUGACACUUCACUAUCGACAGAAGUCCACGUGAGAGCCCAAGACCUUGUCGUCUUCCUGUUGAGACUGUCAUCUUGCAUUCCUUUGACUCUGAAAGAAGCAUCCCAGAAUGCCGUGCUGUUCUCGGGGUGUGAGGGGCGUAACGUGUGAGAACCGUCAGGAAAGAUCUGUUAGUUGAAGGUUAAGACUAAGUCAUUGUGAUGUGCUGUAAACUUGAACAUUGACAUUUAUACAUGCCUGAUUUUUUCUGGGGGUUUUUUUUACAUUUUUGUUAAAACUUGACUUUGGUUCUGUUUGUGUCAUGAUGAUGGAGGUAUGUGUGCAUAUACAGGCUCACUGUGUGAGAUCAAUUGCUUCAUGCACAGAAGUGUAGCACUGAUAUUCCAGAGACUAAAACACAAAGAUUCAAUGCAUCAUGAAAUAACAAUGAACACUUUUAAAACCCUUUAUUAUUCUUGUUUUUUUUUUAAUCGACUGUUCUUCGUUGUUAAUUCAUAUUUGUUUAUAAUGGAAAUUUGGAAAAAAUGUGUGUGUGGAAAUAAGCAACAUCCGAUUGAUUAAUGCUGUAAAAGUGUCCUCCUUUAUUCAUUUAGGUUACCUACUAUGUUAAUUAAUGAAAAUGAUCAAUCCACACUUGUUCUUUUAAUAUUCUUUUGUCUUUUUUGUGACUAUAAGCUGUGGUCACUGUGGAAGUUUUGGUUUCAUUUGCUUUUUGAAACUCUGCAUCCGCAUUUCAUUUACAUUGUUUCUUACAGUAUGUAAAUAAAAGUAUUUUGUGAUUAAAAAUGCUAUUAUUGCUGUUUAACAACACCGCUUUAUGCCCAUGUUAUUUCACCGUAUCACUGAAAUGCAGUUGUACGUUUAUCAACCUUUUUUGGAGGUGAAUCAGAGGUUGAAACUGUCGAUUGAAGAAAUGAAAACACUUCACUUCCUCUUAUUAAAAUGUAGAUUUAUGAAGUAUAUACAAGGGGGUCAAAGUUAACUGAAGUUCACAUCUGUGUAUGAAAGGAGAGACUUUUUGCAUCGCUCAUCGGCAAAUGUGACUGAAUUUCCUUCAAAUGGAAGUUGCAAUUGUGGUUUUGCCCUUUCAAAAAUAAUAUCAUCGAUUAGAUUAUGCUUCAUAUUUAAGUUGUGAUUCAUAAAUGCCAGAUUUCAUUCGUUGCUGCUGCUGCUGCUGAGAUCUUAACUAUAAAAACAUUAUAUAGCAGGUCUAUAGUUGCAAUGUUGAAGGCACACUGUUCUUAUAGACAUGAUGAUAAACCUGUCAAAAACCAUUAGAGAAGACUAUUUUUGUAUUGAGAAGAAUGGGAAUGGAUGGAAAGAAAUAUUUAUCCAUUUUAAUAGUAGCCUAUUAGUUGACACCUAUAUUAUUCACUUUUUAUGAACAUGUCUGUACAGAAUGAUUUUGUGAAUUAUUGUUGAAACUAUUAUA